AAUUUCCUCAAUGGUUGACUGGCUUUGCUCCAAAUAUGGUGAACGUAUUGGAAAUUUCAACGAACGCGAAGAGUAUACAUUUCCAAGUUUAUCAGUUUUGCGAGAGCAUCAAGUGGAGCUGGAACUCAGCUUGCGGGAAGCCAAAUUUGGCUAUCGUGCAAAAUUUAUCGCACAAACAAUUGCCAAAAUUGACGAGUUUGGCGGCAAAGCAUGGUUUGGCAAACUUCGCGCCAUGUCCUACGCAGAUGCGCGCAACGAACUAGUACGUCUACCUGGUAUUGGUUACAAAGUUGCCGAUUGUAUUUGUCUUAUGUCACUGGGUCACUUGGAGGCUGUGCCCAUCGAUACUCACAUUUAUAAAAUUGCACAAACUGUUUACAUGCAACAGCAAUUGGCGAAGGUGAAAACUGUGACGCCGCGCAUUUAUGAUGAAAUUGCAAAUCAUUUUCGCAACGUUUACGGCCCAUAUGCGGGUUGGGCACAAGCAGUGCUUUUUUGUGCCGAUUUGCAACAAUUUCAGACAACAAAAGAGCCGGCUGCCGCAGUGUCCAGUGUCCGGAAGAAAUCGGAGAGUUCUUGCGCUAAGCCAAAGAAGAAACGAAAAUAAAAAAAAUUGCAUGUUGCAAAAGCGUUUCUUUUUAGUUUAUUUUUUAUAAGAAAUAUAUUCUAUGUUUAUUGUAUUUCACUGUGUUGUGUUGCAUAACAGUAAAAUUCUUUGAAUUUUA